UUUAUUUAAUGAAUGCGCGAAUACUCAUACACUAGUCGUUCUGUUGUUAACCCUUACAGAAGUGUGAACAUGAAGGUCGUUUUGGUUCUUUUCCCCUUGAUCCUGUUGGUUUAUGCCGAUGUAAAUUCAGCAGCAUCAGCAAAUUCAGCUGUUGCGGUAGAUCAAUUGCCCGCUGACAGCGUCUAUGACACGAUUUUAACCGAUUACUUAGGAUCUUCCAAGCAACAGUCGUCAACCAAGAAGAUCAUUAAAAGCAAAAUUUCAAGCAAGAGUCAGGGUACCCUAGUGAAAACUAGUAUCAACCAUGUCACCAAAAAACCAACUAAAAUCAUCACUAAUAAAAGAUCCAAAUUCGCUUACGACAAAUAUGAUAAUUAUUUAAAGUACCAGGGUAUUUAUAAAGCGGAGUAUAGCAGAUUGGUAGGCAGGAAGGGAUUAGGCUAUGACAAGAGAAUUGCUACAUCUCAUGGACUAAGAGCUCCACUUACGCCUGAGCGUCUAGAAGUAGUCGGGCAAAAGAAGGGUAGCUACAAGAAUGACCUGUAUCCUAUUUUUUAAUGAACAAAUAAAGUUUUAUGUUUAUUUGAUAUUAUAAA